AUGAAAUCCCAAUUGAACAUAAGGGACUCCAGUGAUGAUACAAUUUUCCACACCAAUCUUGAAAAUGAAAUAUUUCAGUGGCGUUCAGAACUAAGAGCAGCAGAAUACCUCUCCAAUCCCUUCUCCUCCACCGAUCAUACUUCUCUAUGCAACAAAUCACUAGAUAAAGAACUCGUAAAUUUUUCCCAGAAAUGUAAAAACAAUAGACAACAUUAUAUUCAAGAAGUUUCUAAAAAUAAUUCAGUCAAACUCUCACUUUCUCUAGAACCAAUUUUUUUUACAAGUUUGGAACGCACACACUUUCAUUCUAUCGAAAGUAGAACAAAACCAGAAAUAGCAGCCAAGAUUGAGGAACAGAUUGAGAAGCUACUUGAUUUGGAUUUUGAAGCUGGAGAAGACAGAAAAGUACAAUGGAAAAGAGACAUAAAGAAUGGUGGCAAAAAAAUGUAUAUUAAUUUCUACAAAGAAUUAUUAGAAGUUGUAGAAAGUUCGCAAGAUGUGAUGAAGGACGAAGAAUCUGACCCGGAAGAUGAAGAUCUGCCUGAUUCAGUACCAACGCUUUAG